CCAAUCAGCUAGUUCUUUGUCAGAUUUGCCGCGAGUGACUUUCGGAAUGAAUUUGUUGAAGAUUAGUAAAUGGUUUUUAUUGCUAUGAAAAUGAAAUGUCAUAGAAUGUGAUGGCAGUAGUGGAUCCUGGUGAAUUUUAGUGUAGGUCUGUGUUUUAUUUGACUUCUUUCGUUGCUCUGCAGGGAAAUAAUACUGCUUCCAACUAGCUUCAUUUCAUGUGGGUUUAUAAUGUUUGUUUUGCUGAAAUAUUUCUGAGGAUAAAUGUUACGUAUCUUUUAAUUCAGUUUUGUCCAAUCGCUGUAUUGAAAAUUGUGCCUAUAUAAACAAACCACAAAGUUUCCUUCUCCAUUUCUGGCAGUUAAUAAAUCAGUACGUUCGGCAAACUAAUUUGUCUAAUGGCGGAUUUCCCAGCCUUCUACAACCCUUCACCCUUUCACAGCGAAUAGCACGUCCAGGAAGGAAUUCGUAUUUAUUAGCUCGGCUCAUUGGGCGUGUGUGCAUCACAGGUUUGCCGCACUGUACCACCCAGUAAAAUAUUUUCUAAAACAAACUCAACAGCCAAAAUUAAGUUUGAUAAUCAGUCAUACAAAAUGUUACAAAAUUGAAUGAAUCAUAAGAAAACUAUUAAAUUAAACAUGUCCGAAAACUUUAAAUACUAGAUCAAAAUAUUGUGAAACAGUCGGCCUAAAUAGGAUAUUGUAAUCAUUUUAAGUCAUUAAUACCUUUAACCCUUAGCAAUUCUAGCAACAGUUCAUAGUGAUUGGUGGCUGUGAUAAAUGGUGUUGUGUUAAAAUAACCUAGUGAUCUGACAACGGAAUGCGUGUUUUGGUGGCUGGUAGCUGUGGACAUUGCUACGAAAGGUCAUCAUUGGAAGUGUUGGAGCAUUACCAAGGAUCUGCCCUAGGUUCAGGAUGCUUACACCCCGCGUCCGCUGCCGCGCAUGCGCCGUGCUGGUCGUCACCCUGUCUCUGGUCGCCGUCGUGCUCUGCGCGCCCGAAGAGUCGCCCAAACGCGCCCCGAGCGGCUUCCUGGGCGUACGUGGCAAGAAAGAUUCUGCCUUCGUCAGUGAGGAGGCGUACAAUGACGUCAUGGAAAAGCGUGCCCCCGCGAUGGGUUUCCAGGGGGUGCGUGGUAAGAAGGACGACAAGCGGGGGCCCUCCAUGGGGUUCCACGGGAUGAGGGGGAAGAAGGACGCAGACUCACGGGCGGAGUUCUUGCAGGAGCUCCUGCAGGACAAGAGGGCUCCAUCCAUGGGCUUCAUGGGGAUGAGGGGGAAGAAGGAGGCAUUGGACUUCGACUAUUUUGACAAAAGGGCUCCGUCGCUGGGGUUCCAAGGGAUGAGGGGUCGCAGGGACGGGGAGUACCUCAGUGCCAACAGGCUGGGCCUCAUUGGGGUCCGAGUGGAGAACGGCGUCAAUCUGGAAGGAGACGACUACGCUGAAAUGUCCUCUGACGAGGACCUGGAAGCAGGACUCCAGGACGCCGAGGAGUUCAGCAAACGAGCACCGGCGGCAAACGGAUUCUUCGGCACGAGGGGCAAGAAAGUACCGGCCAACGGGUUCUUCGGCACGAGGGGCAAGAAAGGUCCGUCGGCUGGUUUCUUCGCAAUGCGAGGCAAGAAGGCGCCCUCCGCUGGCUUCAUGGAAUAUCAGGGGCCGCCUGUGGACCUGGACACGCUGCUCAACUACCUGGGGACCGCGUACCAGCACGGGCGCGACAAGAGAAACGGUGGGAGGUUGCCCGGGUCGAAGAAAGCUCCCAUCGGCUUCCUCGGAACUCGCGGCAAGAAGGACUGGCCGACACAGCAAGUGGUGGCGUCCUCAGAGGGACCCGAGUUCGACCCCCACACAUCCCAACUGUCCGAGAGCGACUGAACAGCUAUGCGCCAUGUGGCAGUGUUCCGCAGACCACAGACUGACGCCUCUGUCGUCAUUAGGAUUUCCUCCGCCAGUUUGACCUAAAAUGCUGUUCCUUGUUUAGGUAUCAUAUUUAUCGUGGCCUCAAAUACGAAAUUAAAUAUCGACAGCUGAAAUAUCGAUUCUCCCUCUACG